CCUCUCUCUCCCUCUCUCUCUCCUCCUCUGUGUCAUCAAACCCAGCUCCUCAACAGCCCAGCAGCAACCUCCUCUCUGAGCUCUCACCACCCACGACUCCUCUUUCUAUUCCGACCCGCCGCCGCCACUAACGACCUCCACCACCUCAAUCUCCACUGCCAAACAACUUCUCUCUUACUCUCUCUCUUCUCUUUUAGUCCAGAGAAGCAAGCAGGCGCAGCUCUCUCUCUCUAACCUUUGAGUCAGUGGCUCCAUGGAUUACGAUGGAGGCAAACUUAAGUCGACCUCCAUCAAUGGUGUCAAGAUGUACAGCAUUGCUUCCCAGCAACGCUCUCUCGCCACCUGGCUUGACCCUAAGAAGCGUCGAGCGCUUCGCAAAGAUCAAAAUUAUUUGCAAAGGGUGGACUUGAUCCAAGACCUGAGAUUUGAAACUGCAACUACUAAAAUCAAGGCAACUCCUGACGGGGAGUUCGUAAUUGCAGCAGGUAUUUACCCACCACAAGUCAAAGUUUAUGAGCUGAGGGAACUUUCACUCAAGUUUGAAAGGCACUUGGAUUCAGAGAUAAUUGAUUUUGAGGUUUUGGCUGGUGAUUAUUCAAAGCUUGCAUUUUUAUGUGCUGAUCGUUCCGUUUAUCUGCAUGCAAAAUAUGGAAAACAUUACAGUGUGCGAAUUCCAAGAAUGGGACGGGACAUUGCGUAUGAUUGCUGGUCUUGUGACUUGCUUUGUGCUGCCUCUUCCCCAGAAUUGUACAGGAUUAAUCUGGAACAGGGGCGGUUUCUCUCUUCCCUGAGCACACAAUCAGCGGCACUAAAUGUAGUUUCUCGGAGCCAGCUUCACGGUCUAGUUGCUUGUGGUGGUGAGGAUGGUGCUGUGGAAUGUUUUGACUUCAGGACGAAAUCCUCAGUUGGUAGGAUUAAUGCUGUGGCACCUGCUGGUGACAUUGACCAGGAGGUCACUGCAUUGGAAUUUGAUGAAAAAACGGGUUUUCUAAUGGCUGUUGGAAGCAGUGCAGGGAAGGUACUCAUUUAUGACUUGCGCUCAUCACAUCCUAUACAGGUUAAGGAUCACAUGUAUGGCAGCCCGAUAUUAGACAUUAAGUGGCAUCAAACUCUUAAUUCUGAGGCGCCAAAGUUAAUGACCACUGAUAAUCACAUUGUUAGAAUAUGGGAUCCUGACACGGGUGAAGGCAUGACCAGCAUUGAGCCAACAGCUGGAACAAUUAAUGAUAUAUGUGCAUUUCCUGGGAGUGGAUUAAUGUUGCUGGCUCUAGACUGUAGUCAGAUUCCAUCUUAUUUCAUCCCUGAUCUUGGACCUGCACCCAAUUGGUGUUCUGAACUCCAAAAACUUACUGAAGAGCUAGAGGAGGGUGGACAGACAACCAUCUAUGAUGAUUUCAAAUUUUUGACAAAAGAAGACCUUGAGAGGUUGAAGUUGACUGGUCUCAUUGGGACCAAUCUCCUUAGAGCCUACAUGCAUGGGUUUUUUAUUGAUUAUCGGUUGUAUAAAAAGGCAAAAGCUUUGGCAGAGCCUUUUGAUUAUUCUGAAUACAUUGAACAACGUAAAGGAGAGAAGCUAGAGAAAGAACGUGCACAGCGAAUUACGAUUAAGAGGAAAUUACCCAAGGUCAAUCGGACUCUUGCAAAGAGUAUUCUUGAUAAUGAAGAUGCAGAGAAUGAAAUUAAAGAUGCUGAUAGCAACGAGACUAAGAAGCUGUCAAAGAAAAAGAAGGCACUUGGUAGUGAAAUUCUCAAGGACGAGCGAUUCGGAAAUAUGUUUGAAAAUAAGGAUUAUCAAAUUGAUGAGUUUUCGCAAGAGUAUGUGGCUUUACACCCUAUGCCUUCUAAGAAGCAACCAUCGUUGGUGGAUGAACAUUUCAGACCUGCCAUGGAGGAUGAAUAUCAGAACUUAAGUGAUUCUGAUGCCUCCACAACAUCUUUGUCAUCAGAGGAACCGGGCCAUGAAAAGAGUAAAAUGAGAAAGAGAGGACGAACUCCAAGAUUGUAUGAAGUCAAGGAUGAGCGGCAUGCAGAAGCGUUCUUAAAUCGUGAGUCAUUUGCGAAGGAGGAAUUACUUCCAUUGGGCGAGCGGGUAGCAGCUCUCAGAGAUGAUUGGCAGGUUUCUGCUAUCCCAAGUGAUGUUAAGCUGGGACCCGGAGGUUCACGUGAGAUUUCCUUUAGAGCUAGAAGCUCUGCCAAGUACAAAGAGGACGAGGACGAUGAAGCACAGCGUGGAAAGAGGAGGGGAGUUCAAUCAUUAGGACUAAAACAAAAUAAUAACGGAUUCGGAAGUCGAGGGAGAGGAGGCAGGGGAGGUAGAGGAGGCAGAGGAGGGAGAGGCGGCAGAGGGAGAGGAGGGCAUCGCGGGAGAGGUAGAAGUGGUGGCUGGUAAAUUAUUCCCAAUCCAUUUACGCAUGGAUCACUUUGUUUAUUGUCUUCUAUCUUUGGCCCCUCCAUUGACAGUUCAACCAAAGAUGUUUUCAAUACAGAGCGAUAGUCGAGUGCAUUUAAACAACUUAAUGAUCCAGGGGAGGAUUUAUGUUGAGUUGCGCCAUUUUUGUUGUCGUUUUUUUUAACCGGCCUUUAUACAGAGUGACGUUCUCCUUUUUGUUGUUGAGAUAGUAAAUUGAGGGUAGGGGAAGCUACAAUGAGGUACAACGGCUAUUUAGCGUCUUGCAGAAUGCAGAGGAAAUGAAGCUGUAUAUUGGAAUUGUAUUUUAUAUUAUAUUAUCAACUUAACUUAUUCAAAAUAUUGUAAACUGAUAGUGGGCAACAGUACUGACGUUAACCAGAACCUGGAAUUGGGUUAUGGUUCUUUUCUGUUUAUCAUUUCAACUAGUCCCCUUAUG